AAAAACAAAAAACAAGCAUAUGUACUGAAUUUAAUAGAGGUUACUUACAACAUUUCUGAUUGUAGAGAUAUCGCAUCGUCCAUUGUACAGCGGUUUCCAAGACUGGUUACUGAGAGGACGAAAGUAGCUAAGAUAUGUGGAUUGGAAUUGAUUGCAGAAAGGCCGUUUGCAUUUGCAAGUGGAAGGAAGCGUACAUUCUGGGAACGCUGCAUCUAUUCAUCCAUUCAAGUGAACAUUGGUUCUACAUAUCAUUCAAACCACGCGGACAACACCAAAAGUAGCAAAGAGGAGCUUCUUCUUGAAAGCUUGGAAGCAACCAGUGGAGAUGAAGAGAACCCGCUUGAAAGAUUUGAGGGCUCCCAUUCAGAUAAAGAAAACUCGUCCUCUAACUCAGAAAACUCAGAAGGAGACAACGCAAAUGUUUCUACCAGCGGUAAUCGAGGAAUACUGCUCAAUCUCAUCUCGUCUUACCUUAUGCCCGCCAUGAAACAAGUGGCUCGUUUCAAACGAAUAUACAAUCAAUUAUACAAUGAAAAAAUGAUGCAUAGACAAGCUUAUGAGUUGGUUGAAUGUAUGCUUUCACAACUCCAUAAAAGAAUGAAUAGGCAAAAAGUAAGUGCUUUUUUUGAGACAUCUAACGUCAUCAAGACGGCUACAAAGCAAGGAACCAUAGAACUUGUAGAGCAAU